AUGGAUUCCAUGCCUGAGUCGAGCCUCUGCCUCCAGGACUUAGUGAACAGUUCCGGGGGUGGACAGGUCCCUGAGAGCAGCAGCAGCCUGGAGCAGCCACUGCUUCUGCACCACGAGCCCAUCUCCCACCACGAGCCCUUGGAGAAGCUCAAGAGGGGUGAGUACUAUCAUUUAGUUGUAACCGGGUCAGUAAUCAUCGAUACGACUAAAAUUAUAGGCUCUGGUCCUUAA